UCCACAUACUCUUCUGCUUUAAUUCAAACUCAAAGAGAUUCAAAGAAGACCUCAUCAUGGUGUCAACGGGAAGGCAGAUGCUGGGCUUUGUCCUGGCCACCAUCGGUUUCCUGGGAACCAUCAUCGUUUGUGCCCUGCCCAUGUGGAGGGUCUCGGCCUUCAUCGGAGCCAACAUCGUGACGGCGCAGAUCACCUGGCGAGGCUUGUGGAUGAACUGUGUGGUACAGAGCACGGGUCAGAUGCAGUGCAAGAUCUAUGACUCCCUGCUGGAGCUUUCUCAGGACCUUCAGGCGGCCAGAGCUUUGGUGGUCAUCGCCAUCAUCGUAGCAGCAUUCGGGAUCAUCCUGGGCAUCGCAGGAGGAAAGUGCACCAACUUUGUGGAAGAACCCCGAGCCAAAGCUAGGGUGGCCAUCGCUGCUGGGAUCGUCUUCAUUUGUGCUGGUGUUCUGGUCCUCAUCCCUGUCUGCUGGACUGCGAACUCCAUCAUCAGGGAUUUCUACAACCCCAUCGUGAUCCAGGCCCAGAAGACAGAGCUGGGGACGAUGACUUCCAUGGGGAUGCAGAUGGCCGGCUGUGCCCUGGCCCUCUUCGGCUGGAUUGGGGUGCUCAUCGUCUGUGGGACACCCAUGUGGCGAGUCAGUGCCUUCAUCGGAAGCAACAUAGUGACAUCACAGAUCAUGUGGGAGGGGAUCUGGAUGACCUGCGUGGUCCAGAGUACAGGCCAGAUGCAGUGUAAGGUGUAUGACUCCUUACUGGAAUUGAGCACUGACCUGCAGGGCGCCCGGGCUCUCACGGUGGUGUCCAUCAUCAUCGGCCUCGCCGGGAUCCUCGCAGCUUUCGCAGGAGGGAAGUGCACCAACUUCAUUCCAGACGACCGGGCCAAAGCAAGGGCGUCAGUGGCAGCAGGAGUUUUACUGAUCAUCAGUGGACUGCUCUGCAUCAUCCCUGUCUCCUGGACCGCCGCCAUCAUUAUAAGGAACUUCUACAACCCUGUGCUUGUGGACGCCCAGAAAAGAGAACUGGGGGCUUCUCUUUUCAUUGGGUGGGGGGCCGGGGCACUGCUGAUAGUGGGAGGAGCACUUCUGUGUGCCAGCUGCCCCCGCAGAAAGGAUGAGGCCGGCUCUGUGAAGUACUUCCUGAAUGAGUCAGUGGGAUACAGCAAACAGGACUCAGUCCGGUCUUAUACAAAGACGUAUAUUUGA